UCUAGUGGGGAGUGGCCUAAGCCAGGCAGGAUUGUCUCCUUCUUCCCAGGCCACUCAUCUCCGGAACCCUUCACGUCUCACACCAGACCCGCUUACCGGUCAGGUACACCCAGCCAGCAGCGGCGGAAAGGCUGUCCACACUACCCUUCCCAUUCUCUCCCCGAGGGCCCAGCAGUUGCUCCAGCCUUGGGGAAAGGCCCGGCUCAGGACUUCAGCAGCCUCGAUUGCUCUUGCCUCCAGUAUCACCGCCAUGGCGGGGCCACAGGAGCCUCUGAGCGGGAGACUGCGGCUCUCUUUUACUCCUGGUCCACGAACUAGUCUCCUACUACUCCGACUCAACGAUUCAGCUUUGCGUGCGCUACAGGACUGUCAGCGGAUACAGGCCCAACCUGUGAUCACCUUCCGGGGCAACCGAGGGUACCUGCGACUUCCCGGCCCUGGCUGUUCCUGCCUCUUCUCUUUCAUAGUGUCCCAAUGUGGAGCAGAUGGGCCAAGAGGUGGGCUGGACCUUGUGCGCCACCGCUUAGGCAGAUCUGGACCAGGCCUGCUUCGAUGCCUUGGUCCUCUUCGAGAGCGAAUUACUAUCUGCUCUGCUGUAGAUUCUGUACCAGUAUCAUCUUCACUUCAGGAAAAUCAGCAGGGUGAACGUGCUAGGGACGCAGGGAACCAGCAGAGCAAUGGAUUGCAUGUGGGACAUCAACCACAGCUGUUCGUAGAAGAGGCAUCACCUUCCCCCAAGGUGCUGGAUCCUCUGGAGAACAGUCAAGAGGUACAGCCUAUUCCAGGAUCCUCAAGAGAUCAUCUGGCAGAGUGGGUAUUGAGGGACUCAAGUCCUCACCCUACAAAAGGACCAGAUCAGAGGCCCUCUUCCUUGUCCAGCCAGAGGCACUUGAACAUGAAGCGACACCCCUCUCUAGAUCUACCAGAACCAGAGGACAAGAGGCCCAGAGCUCCCAGCACCCCACAGGAGCUUCCCAGUCAUGAUCCACAAGAAGAGGGAGAAGAGUGGGAACAAGACCACAAUGCAGGUGCCAGACAGGAACACAGAUCCUUACAAGCAGGCCUAGAACCACUGCUUCCUGGAGAAACACCAGACUAUUUCCUGCAAUAUGGAGUCAUCCAUAAUACUGAACAGUGUCGUGUCUAUGAGCAAGAUUUUGAAGCAGAUUAUGCAGAGUAUCGAGCCCUACAUGCACGUGUUGGGGCUGUCAGCCGAAGAUUCAUGCAGUUGGGAAUGGAGAUCAAAAGAGUACAACGAGGCACCCCAGAACACAAGGUGCUAGAAGACAAGAUAGUCCAAGAAUACAAAAAAUUCAGGAAGCGGUGUCCAGGUUACAAGGAAGAAAGACAGCGCUGUGAGUACCUGCAUCAGAAACUGUCACACAUCAAAAACCUCAUUCUGGAGUUUGAGAAAAAUGGAGACAGCUGAGGCUGCCAGGAGAGCCUCAGGCCUUUUGUCUGGUGAGAUUUUGAUAAACAGGGUGACUAUGAAACAAAUGAUUUAGGCCUAUGACUGAGAUCACUGAUGAUGACUCUGGGGGGGAUGGAGAGGAAAUAGCAGGUGCUCCUACAAAUCCUUGAGGGGUUUGGUUCUCAUUGUUACCAAGAUAUUUACAUUAUCCCGUGCUAGACAGGUUAUGUUGGCCUAGUACCAAUUUUUUCCAGCUGUGCCCAAGUACAACAGGGUUUCGUCAUGAUUGCCACAACUCUGAUAACUCAAGAGAUUAAAACCACCUCGAAGAUAGAAUACUAAGGAAACAAUGGCUAAAAACUAAUUUUAUGAUCCCUUUGAGAGACCAGAAUAACAGCUACUUGGGACCUGUUUACAACCUCAUUUCCUCUCAAAUGUACUAAGGGAAAGGGCUCUACUAUAGCCCACGUGGAGAUAAUGAGAAUGUUUAGAGAUUUCUUUACAAAUACUAUAGGAAAAUAAAUGAUGACUGCUCCUGUGUGGUCUGUACAAA